CGCUCCUCGACCACUCGACAUCUUCUCGCUCACACCACCUCCCAAUUUCCACUUCGCAAAGAGACAUCUUGUCUCACCACAGCGCAGCGCAAUGAAGCUCACCCCCGAGCUCAUCGCCUCAACACCCACCUACCUCAAUCCUCUGGGCGAUCGCGAACUAUCUCUACGAGGCAGGAAGAUCCCUACGAUCGAGAAUCUGGGCGUGACCCGCGACCAAAUCGAUACCCUCGACUUGACGGACAACGAUGUCCUCACGCUAGCCAACUUUCCGCAUCUCGACCGACUUGCUCACCUCCUCCUCAGCAACAACCUCAUCUCCCGCAUAGAUGCUAGGCUAGCAUGGAGCUUGCCGCGCCUGACGAGCUUGGUGUUGACCAACAACCAGAUUGCGUCAUUUGCGCAGCUCAAGGGGUUGGGCAAGUUCCCUAUGCUGCAGUAUCUGACUUUAAUCGGCAACCCGGUGGCGAGGGAGAAGUACUAUAGAGAGUGGAUCGUGAGCAGGUGCAAGACGGUCAGGGUGUUGGAUUACAGAAGAGUCAAGGAUAAGGAACGCGAGCUGGCAAAGUCACUCAUGGAGACAUCAGACGGCAGACCAUCAGCUCUCUGCGUACAAUUGUCGGCGCCAAAGGGAGCAGAGGGGGAGCCGAUAUCCAUGGGCGUGGAUACGAGCGCGAGAGGAGGACCGGCAAAAGGGGCCGCGGGCAGGUUGAUGACGGCGGCAGAGAGAAAGAAGCUCGAGGCAGCGAUUGACAAGAGCGAGAGUCUGGAAGAGAUCCGACGACUCGAAGAGCGAUUGAGAUUAGGAUACGCCAUCGAGGACUCGUCAUCAAAAGCAUCGUCAGCAACCAGCAAGAAGAGGAAGAAGGCAAAGGAUGACGAUGGCGAGGCAGAGGCGGAGGAGGAUGAGUAGAGUGACGAGGCAGC